GCGAGCACGUAAACACACCAGUUGGAGAACGUAGUUAGAGGAAGCAUUUUGUAAACGCGUUUUUCUUUAGUUCCUAAUGUAUUAGUUAUUUUUUAAUAGUUAUUAGACCGGAAAGAACGUGAGAGUAAAUUGUCUGUAAUACCCCUUAAAUUUAUUUGCGCGGAACAACUAGCUAGCUAUACUUAGCUGUUGUUAAGCUAGCACGUUAGCAGGCUAACGCCAGCGUUAGCACGGUCGCUGUCAUGCUAUGGAUCCGUUAAGCAUCGUUGAGGAUGAAGUGGCUUUGGAGGGGCUGGACGGAAUAACUCUUCCCAGUCUGUGGAUACGACUAGAAGAUCGACAGCCCAAGUUUUCCCUGAAGCUCGACGACUGCACCAAGGAGCUCAUCUGGAAGUCACUCAUCAGCAACACCGACCUGAAAUUCUAUCAGCUCCCGCAGGAGAGAGAGGAUGUUGUGCUGUAUGACAGGUUUAAAGACGUCGACCCAGACACAGGCACUGAAACCACACAGAGGUUUUCGGACACGCAGAAAGACAUCUACCCGGUCCAUAUGGUUCUAGAAAACAAGGAUGGGAUACAGGGCUCUUGUGCAUUCUUCAACCAGAGGACUGACAUCACUAAGCAUGUUCGCUCCAUGUCCCUCACCCCAUUGCUCAGCUUGGAGGAGGCUUUGGAAAGAUAUGGCCGAAAGCUUGUUGUCGUGGCGUCCCAGGUGCUGCGAUUCAGGACCUUGAUUGGUAAUGAGAGCGACCCUGAUUUAAAACUCAAUGACGACUCUUACUGUGUGUUGGAACGAGUGGGCCGAGCUCGAUGGCAAGGAGAGCUACAAAAAGAUCUGCAUGGCUGCUCUUUCAAGAUCGAUGCUCGAAAGUUGCACUACAUGAGGAAGGCUCUUGUCAAACAUGGACUCGUCAGCAUGCAGUCUCACUGCACACGACUGAAGUCAGGACAACAGCAACACUCCAUUCUUCUGCUGCUCAAACGCUUCCAUGUGAACAGGAGGAGUAAGUAUGACAUACUGAUGGAGUACGUGUCCAACUUUCUCCAGCAGUCACCUGGUCAGUUUGCCACUUUGGCCACACUCAAAAAACUGGUUAGUGUGAAAGACAGUACUUUUAAGCGUAUUCUUCAAUACAUGCGAUCUGCUAAGUUGGUUGAGUUUUGCCAGUACCCUCUAGAGGAAUUAGAUCCCAGUGCCAGGCCCUGCACCAACAAAUCAGGGGGUAAAGUGCAAGUGCGCUGUUUGAAACUGAUAAAGCCGUAUACAGGGAAGGGGGUCGCCGAUGAUGACGAUGAUGAUGACGAGGAGGAAGAGGAUGACACUGUAGUAAGAAGAAGAGCUCUCCCUUCAGAGGGGCGAAUCAUGGAGACUGAUGUCCUGUCGCAGGCCUAUCACAUUAUACUAUCCUGUGGUACAAAGGGAAUUCCUCAGAGAGAUAUCAGGUUUAGCAUGAACGUCGGUAAACUGGAAUCACGUAUGCUCUGCCGAAGGCUGGAAAGGGAUGGUCUAAUUAAGGGGUUCAUGGAGGAUGAAGGUCGACAGAGAACUACAAAAUAUAUCAGCCAUAGGUGUGUGGGUGUGAGCGAUCAACUCCAACUGUUUGCUAAAGAGCAGGAACGGAAGAAGCUUCUGUACUCCUCUGCACCGCAGGCGUCUAGUACUGCACCUGCCACUACAAAAACACCAUCAACCUCAAAGUCGACACCAAAAGGAAACAACAAAACUCCUGCCGCAAAGAAGAUUCAAAAUUCAAGUGAGGGAGGAAACAAAGAUGCAGAGGAGGCUGGCCAGAUGUGUGGUGAUGGUGAAGUGGAUACAGCAAAUAACGGCUUGGGUGGAAAGGGAGGUAAAGCAAGAGGAAAGUCAGGAGCAAAAAGAAACAAGGCAGGGAAGAAGGGCAGAGAGAGAAGUAAACAGACACAACCUGAAAUUCCCAUCGCGCAAUCCACACCAGCUCAAUGUGAAACUGCAGCCUGCAGCAAAUCCACAACCACAACACCUGACUCAGUGUCCAAUCCCAGUACAGAACAAGCUCAUGUUGAGGAGGAGGAAGAAUCCACCUCAGCUCCUGCCAGCCUUUUGGCUCAGAGUGAGGCGCUGAAUGCAGCUGAUAACCCAGCAGACAGCAACAUCGUGGUUGUUAAAGAUGUUUCCCAGCUGCAGGCCUCCACAUGCAAAAAAUCCGGAAAGUCUUUGGAGAGGUCUCACGAGACGUACCGCCUAUUGAGAAGGAAGAACCUGAUCGUUGAGGCAGUCCGCAAAUUCAAAAUCAUAGACGGUCUUUUCCCGCUGCUGAAGAUGAUCAAUGACGAAGAGAAGCAGGAUGGAUUCAGCUCAAAGUGUUGCAAGAAGACUAUUUUACGUCUCGUCCACAGUCUGUCUAGAGAAGGCUUGCUGAAGAUUUACAAGACCACUGUCGUACAGGAUGGGAUCACUAAGAAGAUUGAGAUGGUCGUUCAUCCGUCCAUUCAGCCCAAAGAUGAAAUAGUAAACCGAGUCAUUGAACAGGCUCGCUUCAAAAUCUCCAGCUCUUACUCAGCAGUACGUCUGCAGCACGAUGAAGAGAGAGACAGAGAGCAAGAGAAAGGGUCUGAAAACAUGACCGCCAGAACUUCUAGAACCCAAAGGAACAAGGCUGACAAAAAGAGACCAAGCAUUAACGAUGAGCAGUUCAAGCCCACACCAGUUCGGGGACUGGGGAAGACUUUAGGCUUCCAGCCUAAGAUGCAUCGUCUGCGUGCUAUUCACAGCUUCCUCUGGUACCUAAUAUACGGGCACCCGUGCGAACACAACUCCAAUGACUCCAAUUCGACCAGUCAAACACCAGCAAACCCAAAUAGUUCUGACCCUGAAAACCGUGAAAAACAGAAUCUGGAAGAUGCACAAAACUCCACAAACACUGAUGGACAAACACAGUCAUGUGAAAGUGCAGCAGACGGAUCCGUGGACCCACAAACUGCAGAUUCCACGCUGUCUAACUCACAUGUGACAUCAUCCGGUGAUGACGGGGAGGAGCUGAAGGAUAAACCAGCACCUGGUCUCUCUGAGUCUGACAUGAAAGUGUACGCCGAUGAAGAGUCAUGGAAGAGAUUCAUGCCUCCUGUGCGUGUACACAAGGAGUUUGACAGCGGCUGGGCGAUGGUUGGUGACCUGCUCCUCUGCCUGCCUCUCUCUGUCUUCGUACAGGUCAUACAGAUCAAUUAUAAGGUGGAUGGACUGGAGGAAUAUGUCAGUGACCCUGUGAAGCAACACCAUCUUGUCAGAACGUUGCCUGCCAGAAUGAAAAGACAGCUGCUUUAUAAACGGAAAUACAUCUUCACAUUUCACGAGAACCUGCAGAAGCUGGUCUACAUGGGUCUGCUGCAGUUUGGUCCUGUGGAGAAGUUCAAGGAGAAAGAUCAGGUGUUUGUGUACCUGAAGCGCAAUGCCAGCAUUGUGGACACCACCAGCUCUGAGCCUCAUUACUGGCUGGUCGCAGAGUCACCUGACAAACCGUUUGAGAGGCGCCAGUACACGUUCAACACUGCUGAAGAUGUAGAAAACUACUGGUUUGACCUGAUGUGUGUCUGCCUCAAUACACCACUGGGUGUGAUCCGCAAUAAGAGAAAUGUUACAGACGAUGACGCUGCCCCUUCCUUUGUCCAUGAACGCAACGUGUUCGCAGGAUUGGCCUACCUUCUAAAGGGCAGUCGUCAGGUGUGUGACGACGGCUCAAUACCAGGAGACGGUAAAGGAGCAGGAGGACUUGACUCUGAAUUCUUUGCUCAUCUUAAACGCAACUGGUUGUGGACCAAUCACCUGCUCGCUUCCAAAACGACCCCAAGUGGUUUAGAGGCGAAGGAGAAUAAAAUCCGACUGAAGAGCCUGCUUUCUAAAAAUGCUCUCAGGAUUGCACUUAAAGCUGGAGGAACUGCUACACCUCGUUAUGUGACUGCCAAGCGACCACUGAUGGCAGAAAAUGUUGAGGUGGAUGUAGAGCCUGCGUCCAGAAACCAGCAGGUGGUUGGAGGAAAGAGACAGAAGAGGAAGAGAAGCAAAAAAGAAGUUGUCAGGGCCCCUCGCAAGAAGAAGAAAGAGCCCAAGAAACGCACCCCUGCCCAUGAUGCAGCUGACCAUCAAGCUCUGAAGAAGAUGACCAGACAGAGAGUCUCCUGGUCUAUACAGGAGGACUCACUGAUGAUGCUCUGCAGCGUGGCCUCGCACCUGCUCAACAGCAAGUUAAAAAGGCCAUUCAUACCUUACUGUGUGGUAAGAGACCUGCUCCACGCAGAGUUCGAGAUAUCCAUGGAUAAAACAUCUGUUGCUGUGGGACGUCGCACACGCUACAUCCUCAAAAAUCCUCAGACACUUCUGAACUACAGGAUCUGUCUGGCUGAGGUGUACCAGGACAAACCUCUGAUGAGACUGUUAGAGGAGAAGAAGCCUGCUGAUCCAGACAAUCCAGAGGAUUGUGCUAAAGUGUUUUCUGAGUACGUCAGGCUGCUCAGGCAGAAGUUCACCUCUGCUCUGGGCCCUUGUGACACCAUCAUGCCUGACACAAAACAUCAGCUCUUCUCACGAUUUAGAGUUUCAGCAAUAGACAGCGGAAAGCAGAUGUCAUGCAGAGACACCGUCAACUGCACAGAUGAUAUUCAUACCAUAGUGUUACAUAACUUGAUCCAGAGCACUCUGGCCAUGACCAACAGCCAGAUGAAAUCCUCCAGAUCCUUUCAGACCUUCCAGUUGUACAGUAAGUAUAACCAGGAGCUGCUGUGCCAAGUGUUCAUACAAUGCAGGAAAAGGGGUCUGGUCAACCGCCGUCGUGUCAAUCAGCCGUUUGGGCCAAAGAAGAACAGAGCGCUGCCCAUCCUGCCCAUGUCCUACCAGCUGUCCCAGUCCUAUUACAGGUGUUUUUCAUGGCGUUUUCCUCACACGCUGUGCAGUGAUUCCUUCCGCUUCCUGAAGAGUCUACUUAACAACGGGAUGGGAGACAGACCCGCCACUACGUUCUACCAUGAAACAGAUGUCAGGUCAGAGAACGGGGAGGACCUGAUGGAGAGAGGAACGGGGUCACAAAGGAAAAAAAAACUAAGUGAAGUGAAGGAAGAUGGCAGACCAGUGAGUGAACCAGACUCACAACCAGAGAAGGCGAACAGUGAAUCCUCAAAGGAAGGCGAGAACGACCAAAGAAAGGUGGAAGGUGAACAGAGAAACGCAGACAAAAGCAUCACAGCCGGUUCGGGUGAAGAUCCGUCCAGCAGAGAGCAGACAGACGAUCGUCUUCCCAAAGCUGCUACCUCAAACACAGCAGCCCGAGCUUCAGAGGAGCCUCCUGAUGUGUCGGACAUGCUGCAGUUCUCUCUGGACUCUCCAGGUGGAGCCUGCGUGAUCGCUCUCAGCCUGAUGUCUCUGGGACUGCUGAGUGUACACUUGUCUAUACCCAAACAGAUCGUGGUGGUGGACAGCAACCUGGUGGACAAUGAUGUAGUCAAGAGCAUGGCGGCACUGGAAGAAGAAGAUGAUGAUGACGAUGACGGGGACGAGAAUGAGGGCAGGAAAAGGCUGGAAGUGAAGGCACAUCAGGCGUCACACACCAACUACCUGAUUAUGCGGGGAUACUGCUCUCCUGGCAUAGUCAAAAUACGCAACCUGAACACCAGCGAUAACAUCGUGGUGGAGUCUUGUAUUAUGAAGCUGCGACUGCGCAACACACCUGCUCACCACUUGUUCAGUAUGCAGAACUCUCCACCAUUGGAUUUGACUAAAUGUGGUCCAUCCCUGUUGCCCGCCAGCCUCGGCUACUCCACCCGUUCCUCCUGCUCUUCGCCAUCCAGUGAGAAGGAGUGUGACAGCCGUUUGGUGCAGCUGAGAGGAUACACUCCUCAGGACAUAGAAGCGUGUGCUCAGCUCAGGAGGAGCUUAGAUGCAUUUGGUGAGAAUGGCUUGGACAUACAUGACCUCUACAAGGCUCACGUGCACCUGCAGGAGCCACAGUCUGGACGCACCAGGAGCCUGCAGCAGUAUAUGAAGGAGCUACAAGAAGAAAGCCAGGUGUUGAAGGUUGGGAGUUUUGGCGUCCGUUGGGUGCUCAUGCGGCACGCUGAACCUUGGCUGCUGACUAUCAAGUCCAAGCCAUGGUCCCAGGCACGCUUCACGUCUGACCCCGAUUUGGAGAAUCAGCACAACACCUCCGUCCGCAAGAGAUGCAGGCAAGAAGUCCCACAUGAGACAGAGGAACCGCCAGCAAAAAAAUCAGCUGCAGACAAACAAGAGGACAAAGACAGAGAGGACGCAGAGAUAUGGAGUGACAAAACAGGAGAGAAACUGAAUGAGGAAGAACAGCUGAAGAAGCAGAAAGAGAGGGCAGAUGAGGCAAGUGGAGACAAAUUGUUAAGCUUGGAAGAGGAGGGAGGACAGCAGGUGCAGCCUGAGGAGAAAGGACAUGAGGAGGCAAGACAAGAGAAGAUGGAAACUGAAGAAAGACAUGAAAAAAAGGAGGAGGACAGCGUAACCGAUGAAAGAGAUGAAGAGGCAGGUGAUGAUGAUGAAAGCCUGAGUUUCAUCAGCCGUCCGUGGCGCAUGGUCGACGGCGGUCUGAACCGGCAGGUGUGUAAGGGCAUGCUGGAGGCCGUUCUUUACCACAUCAUGUACCGGCCCGGACUCAUGCAGCAGACGCUGGUGGAACAUUACAAAGACGUGUUGCAGCCAAUGGCCGUGCUGGACUUGGUGCAGGCACUCAUAGACAUGGGCUGUGUGACGAAGAAAACGCUGGUUAAAACCCCUAAACCGUCGCUGUUCGCCCGCUCCGGCCAGCAGACGAGAAGUGAGACAAACGUGACGAUUGAGGAACCGGACACGGUGUUCUACGAGCCAACCAUCAGCUGCUGCCUGCGGCUCAGUCAGGUGUUACCCAACGAGCGCCACUGGAACUACUGCAUACCAUGAAAGUAGUUCUGGAUUACACAUGGCCUUACCUGGCUGUUGUGAAAAACCUAAAUAAUAUAAUUUUACAAAGUUUCAUGUGAAGUUCGCUUCUGGUUUUACAGAACAGGAUGUACAUUUCUUCUUUGUGGAGGGUUUUUUCUUUGUUUUUGUCUCGAAAUUAAAUUAAGUUUUGUGUUCCUUUUUGUAUGCUAAUAAACCUAAAAUGAUUAAUAAAAAUGCAUUACAUGCUUGACUUAC